UGUUUGUGCGUGUGUAUAUUGACAAUUCAUCACAGCUGACAGCGAUUGCGGCAACUAAUUCUUUCAUUAAAAUUAAGGGGGAUAAUUUAAAAUUUUAUUUGAUAUUAUUUUAACUGCAGCUUGUAAGGGGAAGAAUAAUGUCUAAACAUGAUCCAUAUGGCGCGCCGGCUAAGCCAGAUAGCAAUUGUCGCACAUGCACAGAUUUUAAAUAUUGGUCAAAACAACAACGUCAAAUAUUUCACAAAGCGGAUACGCCCAAGGAAGCGAAGCCAGAAAGUCGUGCAGCUGUACCCGAAGGGUGUCCAUUGGAUAAAGUGGCGCUAGGACGCGCCACUUGGGGUUUAUUACAUACAAUGGCAGCCUUUUAUGAAGAUAAUCCCACGGAUAAUCAAAAGAAAGAUAUGAAAACAUUUAUUGAUGUGCUCUCCCGUGUUUACCCAUGCGAGUAUUGUUCCAAGGACUUUCGCAAGGACCUCAAGGAGCACCCAGCGCAAGUGAACUCCCAAUAUGAAUUUUCACAAUGGCUGUGUAAAUUUCACAAUCGGGUCAAUGUCAAAUUAGGCAAAUCACAGUUCGAUUGUUCGAAGGUGAAUGAACGGUGGAGGGAUGGUUGGCUAGAUGGUUCCUGCGAUUGAAGUAUUUAUAUUGCCAUAUAAUUUCCAACAGGUGAAUGGCCUGUACAAGAAAUAUACAUAUAUAAACUCUUAUAAAGACGCGUAAGACCAUUAUGGCUAUUGUUAUAUUGUUUCAUAAUCGCACUUAUGUAUGUAUGUAGACUGUAAUUAUACUAUCUAAGUAAUAGAAACAUUAUUAAAUUAAAAUGUAAAGAUUUAAGCUCCCUAACCUAAACAGAAAAAUUGCCUACUUUUUACAAUAGUCUAUUAAUUUAUUUAAUAAACGCUUAUUUACUUAAAGUAAAUAUGCUAAAAAGAA